GGACCACAAGGAUGGCUGACGCGUGCACGUGUGCGAUAGCCGGCUCUGGCUGCGAGGACCAGUUCACACAAUGCGGUUAGUGAGUCAGUGAGUCAGUGACUGACUGCGUGAGAGUGACCUGAGAAGCGGCGGCAGAUGCUGGACGGAUCCAUCCAUGUGUGUCUGUGUGUGUGUGGUGUUGUGCAGGCAUCCCCUGCCCACAGGCGUUCCCCACAUCAGCCUACGGUCAGUCAGUGACAGAGAGAAAGGCAAUUGAUAGAUCCACGAUGCCCAUGAAUGCGUGUGUGUUGUGCCGUGUGCAGAUCUGGCAGUGACUUAUGGCGUGCCCGUCGUGUGCUUCAUGGCGCUCUUCCUCAUCAUUGGGCUGCUCACCAUUCUGCGCGUCAGGGGAGGUUAGACAGACACACACACACAGAUGGGUGCAGGGGCAGACGCCACGCCCAGAGAGAGAUGCCAUCCCACAACGUCAUCUGCUUCUUCGAUUAUUGUUUGGCAGACCCGGAGAACUUCUUCGUCUGCGGCCGAUCUCUCCCUCUGUGAGUCACACACACACACACGCGACGCAUGGGUCCUGAUGUGUGUGUCCAUCUGGCUGGCUGUGUCUGUAUGUGUGUGUGUCUGUGUGUCAGGUUCGUGGUCACCAUGACGCUGGCCUCGCAGUCACUGGACUCUUCUGGGGCCCUCGGCAAUGUCAUACUGGUACGCGCCGCGCCACACACGCGGCCGGCAUCUGUGGGAUGGGACGGCCGACCAAUGGGUUCGCCUGACGCCUGUAUGAUGUGUGUGUCUGUGGUUGGUCAGUCGUAUAAGUUCCACUUCUGGGACGGGGCUGUGCUGCCAAUCGGACUGGUUCGUGUGGAUGUCAUGACACCCACACAGACACGGGCAAGGGUGUAGGAACGUUUGUGUGUGUGUGUCCUCUUGUGUUUGCAGGCGUGUUGUCUCUUCAUGAACGGGUUCUUCCUGGCCAAGCCCCUCCACCAGAUGAACCUCCUCACUCUCCCCGACUUCUUCAAGAGAAAAGUAAAACAAAUUCGUGUGCUAGCUAGGUGUGUGUCCAUGCGAUUCGCACCGUUGUCUGGGUGUCAGUAUGGCGAUGACCACCUGUGUGUGUGUGUCUGUGUGUGUGGUCAGUAUGGCUAUAUUGCUGAGGUGUGCGCGUGCAUUCUGUGCAUGGUCAGCUUCAUCUUCCUCCUGGCCGGCAACUUCGUGGGUAAGCCAGGCGGCGCGUACCAGCCCGCCACCCCGCCAGCUCUCGGCAUGUGUGUGUGUGUGUGUGCAGGUACGUCGACCUUGUUGGGUUUUCUGUUCAACAUCGACCAGGACAGCGCCACCUGGAUCACCGCCAUAGCCAUCUGGGCCUACACUGCUGCAGGCGGUCUCUUCAGCGUCGCCUACACGGAUGUGCUCCAAGCCGGCCUUGGGUGGACGGGCAUCCUUGUGGGCUCCAUCUAUGCCUUCGUCCACUUCGGCGCAAGUAAGCAGACAGACACCUGCACACACAACCAACAGGCCGAUUCAUACCCCUCUCUCUCUCUGUGUGUGUGCCCAUGUAGGCCCUGACAAGGGCCCCGCGUAUCCUUACGGCGACACCCCCAUCGUGUGGGGCGGAAUGAGAGACGGAGACGCUUACGCGCCCUUCCCCAACGCCAUCAUGUUCAACUGGAGCACCAUCUUCGUGCUGGCCUUCGGCAACCUCAUGGCCCUCGACUUCCAGGUACACACACCAGAAUGAUGCACGCGCUAUGUGCCCCUGUUUGUGUGUGUGGUUGUGUGUGUGUGUGUGGUUGUGGUUGCAGGCCCGCACAUUUGCCUCAAGGUCCUGGCAAGUCGCGAAAUGGUACGUGUGUGAAGAGACCGUCUGUCUGAAUCUGUCAGCUAGACUAGGAGCGAUCCAUCUGACCAUCUCUCUCUCUCUCUCUCUGUGUGUGGUUGUGUUAUGUGUGUGUGCGUCUCUGCAGGGGCAACAUUCUUGCCGGCAUCGCGACGAUCGUGUUGGGACUGUUCUGGUCGUUCGUCGGCGGCACAGCGCGGAAACUCUAUGGACCACAGUCGCCCUAUGCUGGUGCGCGAGUGCACUGAGCGAGUAUGCCCACACACACGCGGGAUGAUGAGCAAUGCCUGUGUGUGGUGUGUGCAGAGUUCCGUGUGGACUCGUGCUCCACUGACCUGGAGCUGCUGAACCCUGACGGCACCAUCACGGUAAAAACACUGACCUGUCUCUGAAUGCAAUGCACACGCAGGUGGCGCACAACAAAUCUGUGUGUGUGUGUGUGGAUGGAUGGUGUGCAGAAAGGGGCUGCUUCCUGCGCCGAGUGGGUGUUUGAUCCGGUAAAUGCGAUCCAUCUUUGCGCGUGUGUGGCAUGUGUGUGAGCGUGCCUUUGUGUGCAGAAUGGCCCGCUGAAGAUGUUCACCAAUGAGUUCCCGCCUUUCCUCGGUCAGCACACACACACACACACACAAACCAUCCACACACUCAUCCAUCCAUCCAUUCAUGUGUGUGUGUGUCAACAGGAGCCUGGAUGAUGAUCUCCAUCGUCGCUGCAUCCAUGUCCACUGCGGACGGCGCCAUCCUCGCCCUCUCCACUGUCGCAUCGCACAAUCUCGCUAGGCAACCAUACACACACAGAGAGAGAGAGGCACAAGGCACACACACGUAUGUUAUGUGUAUCGGGAUGCAGGAAGCUCGGUGGGUGGUUCGGUGACUCCAAGAACCUGCUGACGCUGACGCGAGUGACCACCAUCAUCUGGACGGUCGUCGCUGCCCUGGUGGCCACAUUCAAUGCCGACCCAGGGUGACUGGACGGGACCCCUUCAGUCCUCCCACCCACCCACACACACGUCUCCAUGGCUGUAUGUGUGUUGUGUUGUUCUUGUGUUUGCUGUGUGUGGGGAUCAGUGCCCUGCUGAUCGUGGCUUUUGACUGCGUGUUUGCGGGCACGGUGGUGCCGCUGUUCGCCGGCGUCUACUGGAAGAAGACUACGCCUAACGCUGCGGUACGUGCAAUGCCUGGGGGUCUUGGAUGCCUUCACAUACAACAUGUGUCCAUGUGGACGGAUGGAUGGAUGGAUGGCAGAUCGCCUCAAUCGUCGGCGGCAGUGUGCUGCGCGGCAUCCUGCAGUUCGCACUGCCCAAGGUAAGCACUGAGACAGAGAGAGGCACAGAGACAUAAGGACACCUGCAUCUGUGUGUGUGUGUGUGUGUGUGUGGUGUCUCAGGACGGGUCACUGGUGCUGCUGGGCCCGACCACGGCCAAAGCAUACGGUGAGAUGUCUUCAGGAAAGAAUCCAAUCCACCUGCACACAUACCUAUCUGAUCUGUGUGUGUGUGUGUCUGCGUGUGUGUGAGCAGGCCCAUCAGUUGAAGACGUUGCCCAGUGCGUGCAGCCGAGACUCCAAGAUUGGAGCGGUAUCACAAAGACACACACACCCCAACCACACAGACACACAUCCAUAGGUGUCUCGCUGCUGCAUCACUCGAUCGGUCAGGUGUGGACAGCCUGAUAGCCCCCGCCUUCUCGCUCUUCCUGAUCGUCACCAUCUCGCUGUUUGAGCGCUCUUGCGCCAAGGGCGACUGCCUGGGCGGUUUCCUCAAGCGAUGGAGGACACCCACCGUAAGCACAGCUCCGCGGUCACGUGUGUGUGUGUGUGUGGCAUUCUGUGUGUGUUGGCUGACAGGAUGAGAUGAAGCCGCCCGGCGAAGAGAAGGAGCUGGCGGGCGGCAUGUCGGUGAGUAUGAAGCCCACUCGCACACAGACACAGACACAGACACACAUGUGUUCUCUCUCUGGGUGUCUGGUCUGGUGUGGUGUGGUGUGUGGUGUGUGAUGCAGCCGUCUACUUUUGCGGGCGACUCACCGCCUCUUCCCGGCUCGCCCACCAAGUCGGGCAAGUACUCGGACGACACCGACGUGUGACUGAUUGACGACAAAUCGACCACAGACAGAGAGAGGGACAGAGAGAGGGAUGGUCCGUCUCCACUGCUCUGCUGCUGCUGCCUGGUGCGUGUUGGUGAAUACAUGGAUGUGUGGAUGUGUGUGAUGCAUGUGGGUGUGUGCAUGUGCGUCUUCAUUAUUAUUAUGUGGAUCGUGGCGAUUUUGCCCACUUUCAUUCAUUCAUGAUGUCCGUGGUGCAUGUUGAGAUGAGAUGAGAUGAGAUGGGGUGAGAUGAGAUGAGAACAAAGGUGGCGCAGCCAAGGGCUCGUAUGCACUUUUUCGCCUGCGUCCCCUGGCUGCCUGCCGCAUGCAUGCCUGCUGCUGACUGCACUGAGUUCCACUCAUUGUAGCGUACGCAGUGUCCAAUUGCCUGUCUGUCUGUCUGUCUGGUUGUGUUGCUCGUUCGCUCGUUCAUCUGUCUGUCUGUUUGUCGAUCGGUCGAUGGCGUCAUUGUCGUAAUUACACGAAUGUGGCAGGAAGACGUGUUGUUGCCCUUUUAUUCAUCAUCGCCCAAUGCUUGUCUUGUCCAUAUACACAAUCACACACACAGAGCGAGUGUCGCAUGGAAGAUAUACGCCCAUUUUUGGUGCGUAUCAUCAUGUGUGCCCACUCGCAGUCGUCAGUGAUGUUUCAACAAUGCCUUCAGUCGGUUAUGUACAGUUGUGUCUGUGUUGUGUUGGUUGUCGUGUCCCUACCUGGUCUUGUCGAUGUCGCUGGUUCAUCUGUCUGUCUGUGUGUCGAUCGAUAGCCGUGUUCUGUUCUUCCUUUCACACCGGACAAAAAAUGACAGCCUGCAAGCGGCUGACCGUUGCUGGGGGAGAGGGAGAGAGGGGGAUGUCGGGGGGUAUCGUCGAUGGGCCCGGGUUGCAUGUACCUGUUCAUGCUGCGUGUGCACCAUAGACACACGUAUACAGAUGGUCGUUCGUUCGUUGGUUCGUUUUAAGUCAUGUAUUAUUCACGUGGACAUUCCUGUAGUUGGUCGUCUCCAUGAUGUCUCGUGCGUGUCUGUCGUCUGCGUGUGUGUGUGUGUGUGCCAUGGCCGCAUACACAGGACACACCCAGACAGACGGACAUUACAUACCAUCCAUCCAGCAGUAGCU